CCACGACAUCGACCGCCGAGCAACGAUAUGCAAUGGAGGAAGAUACUAGAGACGCCAACUGGGUGCUGAUAUCAAGGAAGGAUGAGGCCGAAGCUCCAGAGGCUGCUUUCGAGGCCGAGCUCUUUGAAGCUACUGCGACACUUGGUUAAAGCUCCAGAAGCAGGACGAUGUUCUACGCCGCCAAGGAGAUUUGGCGGGACUGCUGGUAGAGAUGGAGCAGUUGUGCAGGUGCAUGCAAAAUCAAAGGAGGAACCAGAUGCCCAAUUCGAGAACAACCACGAAUCCCAGGACAAAGACAACGAAACUCAGCAGCUCAAGAGCUAUAAGAGGAACGAUACCAUGGUAUUAUCGAAGCAGUCGAUAGUUGAAGUUGCAUCCAAUAAGCCUGCUAUCGAAAGCCGCCCAGCAGCCUUCCGGAGAUUGAGAUUGCACAACGUGUACGGACAAUGGCAUGAGCGUGCUUGGACACAUGCUGAAUUAGAGUUUGAAUCAGAUCUGGCUGUACCGAACGUUGUGGGAAGAAGAACGAGACUCUUGGAUACGGAAGCUCACAAGCAUGAUAUGGAUCUAUGGGGAGCUUUAUUCGACUACAGGAAAAGGAUCUAUGGAGAUGAAGGCAUUGAGACGUUUCUGAAUGCUGUCAUACAAAGAGGCGUAUCGAUACCAACGACUUCAACUCUUGCUGAUAGAUUUUGGUCGGCAUUUUUGGAUCUCGGGUUCCGGGACCCUCAGGUAUUGGACCGGAUUUUGAAAUACGCAGACCAUAUCUGGACGACAGAGAAGAAACGUUGGUCCAAGUUGUACACUCAUGUCAUGAGUUUCUUCCUCAUCAAUGACCCGUCUGAAGCCCUUCUGUGGCAUCAGCGUCUGUUCCAAAAUCAUCCUCCAGGGCUAACUCGUUUCGCCGAGAUGUGUCGAUUUGUUGUGUUUCAGAGUGGAAAUCUGGACUUGUUGAAAAAGAUCUAUAUGCAGAAUACCCAUCGCAAUGUGUACUCUAAGGUCGUUCCUCUGCUUUGCCAAAAGGAAGAUUUUGAGACUGCAAUGGAUUGGCACUUCUUCCUAUUGGAGAACGGUGACUUACCGAGCACCUCCAGAAUUGUCGAGCCUUUGAUUCAUUACUUAGCUGUUUAUAAGCCACGGUCCGCUAUUCGGGUCACUCGAAGUCUUGUUGCAGCUGGAGUAUCUUUCGCCUCGAGCACACCACAGUAUCUGGUAGACAAUACCAAGAUCUCUCGAGAGAUGAUGAAUUUGAUUCAUGGGAAGACUUUCAGCAUCUCAGUCAAGAAAUACAACGAUAAUCUGGGUGCGAGAUGGUUCGCAACGUGCUGGAUUUCUCUAGAUAUUGCUAUUAAUGGUGUCCACGCUCUUGGCGUGGAAGAAAUAGGACCCCUAUCGCUGCAAGCCAUUGCUCUCAGAGAGUCAGAUCCAGAAGCCAUCAAGCUUCGAAUUGAGCAACUCCGAGAUCUGGGAAUCUCUAUUGGCACUUCUUUGUACUCUCGAGCCAUUCAACACUUCGCAGAAUCGGGACAUCGGAAUCAUUUGGAAGGACUUCUCAACAGCGAUCAGCACCCAGAUGAACUCGAAGAUAGCAAACUACAAGAAGAACUGCUGUCUUCAUUUGCAAAAACUGGAGACGAGGCCCAAUAUCGAAGGACAUUGUGUAUACAAUCCUUGGCUAGCCACUCCCCAGCGAUCGAAAGUCGAAAUCUCGAGCUACGAGCCCAAAUCGCCCUGGGAGAUCAAGAAGGAAUCAGAGCGACGCUGAACAAGAUGAAGGACGAAAAGUGUCCAGUCAAGUCGCACUCAAUAUCACAGCUCAUCCGUUUCACAUUGACGCCUCGACAACGCGGGAGUCGACCAGUCACCCUGCCCAGGGUAACGAACGGGAGGAAGCACGACGAUAUAUAUGAAUGUGUUGCCCUUCUAAAGGAAGUCAUGGAAUCUAGCACCUCCAUCCCUGUCAUCCAUUGGCGGGAAAUUCUCCGCCGCCUUGGCAUGCUUGGCAGGUUUAACGAUCUUCGUUCCCUUGUCCUAUUCCUCACGAUGUGGUAUUCUUCUGGAAGUCGAUUGCCUAAAACACGUCACAAUUACGUGCCAAGAUCAGUUUCUACCAGUCACCCUCUUCACCCUCUUAAGAUUCUGUUCAAUCGAGACUUCCAACGAGCCGUCGUCGAAUGGGGUUUUAUCACCAACCUUCGAAAAAAUCCUAGCACCAUUAAUCCAAGACAUUCGUAUGUCCGCCUGCCAGAUUCGUCGCUACCAGACAUCACUUCUGGCAUCGAUAUAUUAAAACUUCUGCACCAUCGAGGCGUUCACAUCCACGGACCCACCAUCAGAAAAGCCUUAAUGAAUCGCUUCAUCACCUACUAUGGUCCCGGACGGUCCUCGAAGUUGUACAAUCGCCUCGCGAAGCGGAGGAUGCAAGGAAAGUUGAGCAUGGUUAUCAAACAGCUUGAUAAAGCAUUUGAUGGCCGGCACUCUUCGACUGUGGAUAUGCCAAGGUUGAUCCAAGUUGUAGCGACCAAGAGAUGGGAUAAGAUCAAAAGAAGGAAAAUCAAACAGCUUGCGCAGGCUCCGGUGCUGAAGGCUUUGCCUGGGUAUAAGCAAGCUUUGUAUGACGACUUGUAUUGAUGGCGUAGACAGAGCUGUGAAUAAUGUAUUCGAUCUUGUAUAAUACUCGUCCAGAUCAUGGUUCCGUUGUGCUUCGUUGUGAUCUUUGUUAAAUGAUCAGUAUUUUCUUCUG